UCGCAACUUUCGUCGAAUAAGGAGAAGAGACGGAGGAAGACAUUGAGAAGUAUGGUGUGGAUUGUGCCUGUUUUAUGAAUUACUAUUCUGUGCCAGAAUAGUGGACGAGCUUCGGUAGUUUCGAGUUUAUAUAAUUCAGUUAAUUGUUUUAUCCGGAGUAACAAUUAAAACAAAUAUGUUUUGCAAUCGUAUGUCUUCAAUAGUUCGCCUUGCUGCGAAACAGCAGCAAGAGCAACAACGAGGUAUGGCAACACUUCAAGCCAUUUCUAUACGUCUUAAAUCUGUAAAAAAUAUUCAAAAAAUCACACAAUCCAUGAAGAUGGUUUCUGCUGCUAAAUAUAAUCGGGCAGAACGUGAUUUAAAACAGGCUCGUCCACUUGGUGUUGGCACCAAAAUAUUUUAUGAUCAAGCUGAGAUUUCUGCACCAGCUGAAGAACCAAAGAAGCUAGUUGUAGCAAUAACAAGUGAUCGAGGUUUAUGUGGUGCAGUACAUACUGGUGUUUCACGUAAUAUUCGAGAUGCCUUAUUAGCAGAUUCUGCAGAACGAGAAAAUACAAAGAUUAUUUGUGUUGGAGAAAAAUCACGUGCAAUUUUAUCACGUUUAUUUGCUAAAAAUAUAUUAUUUGUUGCAUCUGAAGUAGGACGUAAGCCACCUACUUUUAAUGAUGCAGCAAAAAUUGCUAUAGAAAUCAUGAACAGUGGUUAUACUUUUGGAUCUGGUCGCAUUGUAUAUAAUCAAUUCAAAUCUGUGGUAUCCUAUAGUGUUGAUCAACUGCCUCUGUUUGAUAAAAAUGCAGUAUUAAGUGCUCCUAAGUUAAGUGUUUAUGAUUCACUUGAUGAUGAUGUUAUACAAAAUUAUUUAGAAUUCUCGUUAGCAUCUUUAUUAUUCUAUUCAAUGAAAGAAGGAGCCUGCAGCGAACAAUCCAGUCGUAUGACUGCCAUGGACAAUGCCAGUAAAAAUGCAGGAGAAAUGAUUGAUAAGCUUACUCUUACAUUUAAUCGUACACGACAAGCUGUAAUUACUAGAGAAUUAAUUGAAAUUAUUUCUGGUGCUGCUGCAUUGGAUUAAAUAUUCCAUCUUGACACCAUAAUGUGUUUUAAUAUUAGCACUGAAUAAUAGAAGAUAGAAAACAGACAGAAGGGGUAUCUGAAUAAGUCUAAAAUAUUGUAGAGAAACAAUUUGGACUAAUCAUGAAUACAUACUGUUUUCAACAAAUGAUUGAGAUUUCUGAAUUACUAAAACUGCACUUCUAUUAUUAAGUCCAUAUGAAUAAAUUUAUUAAAUUAUAUGAUAUUAUAUUAUAUGAAAA